AUGUCAGAAGAGUCAAUAGUCAAUGAACAAGAAGAGAUAAUAAUGAAACAAUAUUCGUCAUUAUUAUCAGAUGAUGAUGAUUUGAAGGAAUUAUGUAAUUUACUUGAUGAAGAAAGAUAUAAAAUGCAUCAAUUAGUUGAACAAUGGAAAUAUUAUGGUACGAAUACAAUACAUAAACUUGCAUCUCAAAUAGUUGAUUAUCAAGAAAAGUUAAAUGACCUCGAACAACGACAAAUAUCAUUAUUAAAAGAAAAUAAAUCUCUUCAGUCUCUCGUUGAUCAAUUGAUGUUAACAAAAAUAAAUAGUGAUACUCGAUCAAUAAAACCAUUUCAACAAAAUGCUUCUACACAAACAUCUACUCAAAAACAAGAACCUUUCCGUGAUAUGCCUAUAGACGAUUCACUUCAACGACAAAUCUCACUUCAAAAUAUGUUUGAUGCUAUUAAAACAGCUGAAAUUUAUGAGUCUGUUGAAAAUAUGACUGGAAAUGAGACGUCAGAAAAAAUUAUUCUAAAAGAAUUCUGUAAUCUUGUUUGGAAAUAUCUCGAAGAACGUUCAACACCAACGAGUAGCUGUUUAUUAUAA